AUGGAGGGAGACAGAGAUAUGCCAAAGCGGCCGUGGGAUACCUGCCGAGAGGUCCCAAUCAUUGAAGAUGAACAGACACCGUGGAAAUUGAUCAAACUGCUGAAGUUCAUCACUUUGUUAGUGGUGGCUGUGAUUGUGUUUGGAUCGGCGCUAUGCAGCAAGACGGCAUUCCUCCUCCUCGUCACCUUGGCCAACAGAGAUACAAAGACGCUCCCGGCCAAGGAGAAACCCGCCGCUCUGCUAUGUAUCGGCUGCGCUCUCAUUGCCUCCAGCGUCCUCCUGUUGCUCAAAAGCUUCUGGAAAGCAUGCUACAAAACAUCCAAGUUGCCGAGGAAAUCAACCGCUGCCCUCGUUCUGUUCUUUGAGUUCCUGGUGUCGACGGGUGCAGCGAUUCUCACCAUCGUGGCGAUGCCUCACUUGGACAUUGUCACAAAUGUGACGAUACUGAACAGCGUAGCAGUCCUCUCUGCACUCCUACAGGUGGUGACUCAGUGCACCUCCAAGCAAAAGAACUGCUUCAUACUGCCCUCCAUCAUCGCCAUCGUCCUCAUUUUUCUCGGCUACGUCCUGUUCAUCACCUUGUACACAUUGAAAGACCCUACAGACGUCAAGAUGAGCACUUGGGUGGGUCUGGCUGUUGGUGGGUCCAUCCUGGUGUCUUUUAACUGGUGGGAAAACUACUUGAGGCUGAUCAGCAAGAGCAGAAGCUCCAAAUUCCUCAGGGACCUGAUCGAAGACGUGACAAAAUGCCAGAACCUGCUGCACAUCCUCUCCAGCCUGCUCAGGAUCGUGGUGACUGCCAUCGUGCUCGGGGCCUUUGUCCCUCUGGACGGCCUGGACUGGAACAUCGUUACCGAAAUCCCACGCCGUGAGACGAGGAUUUUAGAGAUAAUCAUUGGAGUCCAGCUUAUCUCGUCUGCACUCUGCCACUGGUUUGCUUUGGCAGCCUGUAAGAUGCACGCCCUGCGACGCUGCUUCAUCCUGCCGUUGUACCUGGCCACUCUGGCUGUCAUGGUUCUGUUCAUCACCCCAGUCUUCGUCUCCUAUCAGGACUACAGAAUAAGCAUGAACGGGACCUCAAGCAUCAACCUCUCAGACUACUGUAAUGUAGUCGUGAAUGGAACAAGGGAAAUAGAGAAUGGAGUGUUUCGAGACCUGGUUCUGGAUGUUACAGAUACUCUGUGCUCUCUGGGAUUUUACACCGUAACUGACAUCAGCUUACUGACAGCUUCAGCCACAUCCUGGUGGAUUGGUCUUGUGUUGGCCACACUCCAUCUCUGGAAUCUAAAUGUGAAUCGUAUCCAGAGGACCCAGGAUCUGUUCAUCAGGCGUUUGUACGAGGGAACCUUCAUCGAGCAGUCCCUGCUCCUCAACACCCGCUACGACAUCCAGACCAAGGGCCGGAGGAAGAAGAAUUUCAAGGAAUCUGAAAAGGUGAUGCUGUACCUGUGUGCGACCAUGUGGCACGAGACCUACGACGAGAUGAUGAACAUUCUCAUCUCAAUCUUUAGACUGGACAGGUACAGACCGAAGAAUGAGGCAAAGUUCAAUGAUUUCACCUUUGAAGCCCACAUCUACUUUGACGAUGCUUUCAUGCAAGUUGAAGGCUGUCGGGAGCGUCACCUCAACGAAUAUGCUGAGAAUCUUGUUAAGAUCAUCACAGAGGUUUACGGCAUCUUCAAGAACAUUGACGCAAAGUUCUUCAGAAACCAGCAGCAACUCCCCGAUCAGAAGAUCAUAAGGACGCCGUACGGAGGGCGUCUAAUCAUCACCAUGCCUCACGGAAACAACAUCGUGGUUCACUACAAGGACAAAGAGCUCAUCCGACACAAGAAGAGGUGGUCCCAGGUCAUGUACCUUUACUACCUUUUUGGCUGGAAACUCAUGACCAAAGGAGAUCCAGGUGAGAUGAGAGAGGCAUCACCCUCUGAGCAUAGAAGACUGUGAUGAAUUUUUAAAAACAAAGAAAACUUUGCCUGUUUUCUCCAGAAAGAGAAGCACAACACCUACCUGCUGGCGUUGGACGGGGACACAGACUUCCAGCCUGCUGCCGUGAUGCUGCUCAUCGACCGCCUGAAAAUGUACCCUCGUGUUGGGGCAGCAUGCGGAAGGAUUCACCCAACUGGAUCAGGUCCUGCCGUGUGGUUCCAGAAGUUCGAGUAUGCCGUGAGCCACUGGCUGCAGAAGACUGCGGAGCAUGUGUUCGGAUGUGUACUCUGCAGCCCGGGCUGCUUCAGUCUGUUCAGAGCAGAGGCGCUAAUGGACGACAACGUGAUGAGGAAAUACUCCACAAAGUCCAUGGAGGCCGGCCACUACAUUCAGUACGACCAAGGUGAAGACCGUUGGCUGUGCACACUUCUGUUGAAGCAGGGCUGGAGAGUGGAGUACAAUGCGGCAUCUGACGCCUACACCAAUGCCCCAGAGGACUUCAAAGAACUCUACAACCAGCGCCGACGAUGGGGACCGUCCACCAUGGCCAACGUGGUGGAUCUUCUGGGUUCCUCCAACAUCAUCUCCAAAAGGAACCCGUCCAUGUCCAAACCGUUCAUGUUCUAUCAGAUGUUUGCCAUCUUCUCGGCCAUUCUGGCACCUGCCACUAUCUGCCUCCUGGUUGCAGGUAGUUUGUCCUUCCUCCUCGACAUCAGCUCUAGUGCGACCCUGGUCAUUGCUACAAUACCUCCCGCCAUCUACCUGGCUCUUUGCUUCAAGCUCAAGUCCGACACUCAGAUCACAAUAGCAGCUAUGAUGAGCGUCUUUUAUGCUUUCCUCAUGUUGGUCGUGUCAAUGACCCUCAUCGGCUCAAUGGUGGAGAGCAGAACCAUCCUGACACCCAGCAGCCUUUUUGUGAUCGCCAUGGCCAUGAUCUACAUCAUCACCGCAAUAAUGCAUCCUCAGGAAAGUAACCUCGUGUUCUACGGCUUUCUGUACAUCAUCUGCAUCCCCAGCGCCUAUCUCCUGCUCACCAUCUACUCCAUGGUCAACAUGGACAAUGUCUCUUGGGGCACCAGGGAGACAAAACCUGCUCCCGGGUCUGCUGCUGCAGCUGCAGCUACUCCACCGCAGAAAACAUCAGAAAAAGCCAAAAGCUUCUUCCAAAGCUUCUUCUCAUGGUUCAAAUGUUGCAAAAAGUCCGACCGUAAAUCACAAACCGAAGAGCCAGCUAACAGCCAGGAGAACAGGAUCCUAGGGUCCACCGACUCUGAUCCUCAACCUCUAAACACUAUUGUGGAUGACUCCCCCAAUCCAGAACAAGGGCUCAUGCCACCUGCUUCCGAGUCCAAUCAAGAUUGGGUUGUACAACUACAGGAUUUGUCCACUGACAUGCAACUGGAGGAGGAGUCUCUCGACGAGAACGAGGAGGUUUUCUGGAAAGAGCUGCAGGAAAAAUACCUGCUGCCUCUACCUGAUGACAAAGAGAGGCAGAAGAAGAUCAAAAGUGACCUGAAACAGCUGAGGAACAAGAUCAACUUUGCCUUCUUCACGUUGAACGCCAUGUGGCUGGUGGCAACGUUCACCCUGCAGGCCUUCAAGGUCUUCUCCAUUGACAUCCCGAAGGUUAGCCUCAAUCUGACAGUAACCAACGAGUCCAUCCCAAUCGAACCCAUCGGCUUCAUGUUCAUUCUGGGAUUCGGACUAUCGGUUCUGCUCCAGUUCAUUGCCAUGUUCUACCACAGAAUCUACACGCUCAUCCAUUACGUUGCCUUUUUGGACACUGAGCCCAAAGAGCAGAAACCCAAUGAGAAGUCGAAACUAAAGGACGACACCAGCUCCAUAGUGGACUCAACCUACGGCUCCCAGUACGGCUCGGAAAUGUUUGACGAAUUCAGCCUCGACGGUUCAAUUUCAGCAUAA